CGCUGGAAGUUUGUGUUCGUAUCUGGGAGUGAUUUUGUGUACACAGUGCUUAUGAAAUUUAGAUAAGAAUACAGGGGAAAAUGAGCAAAGGGUUUGGAGACAUAAUCAGUUAGCGAGGAGUCAGAAGCUCAGACAGACCGAGAAAUCGAGAGAUGUGGAAUGAGAUGAAAGGCACACACCAACUGUCAGAUCCCUCUUUUUUUAAGAACACAUUGAGAAGGGAGAGAGGCGUGGAAUUGUUCCCUCCUUCUUUAUAGUGGAGCGUUUGGAUGUAAGGAGAGAGGGAAGGCUAAAAGAGGAAUGAGACACAGAGAGAGACAUCAACUGCAAAUAGGGGAUUAAGCAACACCAUAACAUAUUUUAAAAAACGAGAUCAAGUGUGUGUGAGAGAGGGUACGAGAGAGAGAGAGGGAGAGAGGGAGAGAGAAUAGACAGAGAGAGGAGCACUUAUCCAAGGAAACGUUGGUACUGUUAGAUGACAAACAAGAAGAAAAAAGCAGAGAGAUAUUAAACUGGGCUGGAUUAGAUUUCUCUGCACUGUGGAGAAACACAGAAACACACACACACAGAGGAGUGUGAUGCUUCCUGCCUGAGCACUAGCUGUAUGCCGUUUGUUUGUAUUCAGGUUGUUUAGAGUGUAAAGUGCAUAGUGUGUUUCAGCCAUGAGGAGGAUAUUAUCUUUUACCUUUGCAUCACUGCUGGUGAUUUCUUUGUCAGGAGCAUGGAGACCAUCUCAACCUAGACUGCAGUUCACACACUUGGAGCUAGUCCAUAGCGGCAGGCUGAUGUCUCUGCCGCUUUCUGCCGGGUAUCUGAACUCUCUGCUGCCUGAUGAAGAUGGCCGUCGUCUGUACAUCAGCAUGAAGGACUAUUUACUGUCAGUCAGCCUGGAUGAUGUUACACAACCCACUCGCAAGAUUUACUGGCCUGCGAACCCAGAUCGAAUCCAGGACUGUCUGAUGGCUGGAAAAGACCCACAGCUGGAGUGUGCCAAUUUCCUGCGUGUAUUGGAGACUUAUAACCAAACCCACCUGUAUGCCUGUGGAACGGGAGCCUUCAACCCUCGCUGUGCCUACAUUCCCACCCGCCUCUUCCUCACGACUGAGGAUCAGACGCUGCAGUAUGAACAGACAGAGACUGGAAAAGGAAAAUGUCCCUAUGACCCCCACCAAAAGACUGCUACUGCUAUGAUUGAUGGAGAGUUGUAUGCUGGAAUCACGUCCGACUUCAUGAGUCGCGACUCUGCAUUUUUUCGAAGUCUUGGAGAACGUCACGUGAUCCGCACAGAGCAAUAUGAACCAACCUGGCUUCAGGAUGCUCAGUUUGUGCGUGUGGCCAUGAUGAAGGAGAGCGAUAAUGAGGAAGAUGAUAAGGUCUACCUGUUCUUCACUGAGCGUGCUCAGGAGGCUGAGGGGCCCGCCGGCAAAGUCCUGUACACACGAGUCGCCCGUGUCUGCAAGAAUGACAUUGGUGGCCAGCGCAGUUUGGUGAAUAAAUGGAGCACGUAUCAGAAAGCUCGAAUGAUCUGCUCUGUUCCUGGACCUGAUGGCUUACAGACACACUUUGACCAACUGCAGGACAUCUUCAUUCAUCAUGGCAAAGACGAGAAGAACCCGCUGAUAUACGGCCUCUUUACUACCACCAGUGAUGUGCUAAAUGGAUCAGCGGUGUGUGUCUACCGCAUGCAAGACAUCGUCCGUGCCUUCAAAGGAAACUUCUACCACAGAGAAGGGCCACAGUAUAAGUGGGCAGAGUUUACAGGCAGAGUGCCCUAUCCCAGACCUGGAACAUGUCCAAGCAGCACUUACGGAAGUUUCCGGUCCACUCGGGAGUAUCCUGAUGAUGUCAUCUUCUUUAGCCGCACCCAUCCACUCCUGCAGGAAGUGGUGCGUCCUGUGGAUAACCAACCUUUGUUAAUUAGAGUCGGUGUUGACUACAAGUUGACCCGCAUUGUUGUGGACAGAGUGGAGGCUGUGGAUGGACAAUAUGAUGUUCUCUUCAUUGGGACAGAUUCUGGGCUGGUGCUAAAGUCCAUUCACCUCCCCCAAGAGCAAGGACAAAGUCAAGAGGUCACCCUGGAACAGCUGCAGGUCUUCAAGCACAAGUCACCAGUCACCGCCUUGACACUGUCCAAGAAGAAGUGGCUGUUUGUGGGAUCUGCAGAAGGUGUGUCUCAGUUGGCUCUGUAUCAGUGUGACCUAUACGGUCAGGUAUGUGCAGAGUGCUGUCUGGCCAGAGACCCAUACUGCAACUGGGAUGGCCAUGCAUGCAGCCCUUAUAUGCCAGUUGCACGCAGGAGAAGCACUCGUCACGUAGGUGAUUAUGGGAAUCCUUUAACCGAGUGUGUCCGACAAGGAGCUGGCCUAGAGGUGCAGUCUGAGGAGAAGGAAAUAGUGGUGGCUGUUGGGAACAGUACCUAUCUGGAAUGUCUGCCUAAUUCACAGCAUGCCACAGUUACCUGGUUUAAACAGACCGGAGAGAACAGUCUGGAACAACAUGAGGUGACCUCAAGGGAUCAGCUGGUAGUGAUUGACAGGGGCAUCCUGAUCCCAAGGGCACAGCUUAACCACGGUGGGAUUUAUCACUGUCAGCUAGAGGAGCAUGGUUUCCGUUGGACGGCUGUCACAGUUCGAUUGAGCGUGUGGAGUCCCAGUCAGCGUGCCAUGGCAGACUCCACCCAGCCUUGGAAACAGGAUGUGAUGGCUCUGAAUCGCCACAGUGACUUGGAGCACUACUGCAAGGAACUGGGCAAACAGCGUCAUGAUCACAAAAAAUCCAGGGAAAAGGAGCAGGCACAGGAGAGAAAGAAAGGGGAAAGACAAAAUCAUGGAGGAGAACGAGGAGAGAAAGAGAGGGAGCGAGGAAAAGGCAGGAAGAACAGAAGCAAAAUGGGCAGCUCUGCUUUAAGGUCACCAAGAAGCACUUAGAGACGUUUCAAAUUUGCACAAAAGGCAAUCUACCAUCAAUACAAUACAUACAUUACAAAGAAACUGAAUAGCAAAUACCUUCACAAAUUUAAAUAUGAACUCACAUAUAUAUGAACAUGCACAGAAUAGUGACAGUAUUGUUUUUCUUGAAGCUAAAUGAGAGGACGGUUGCUAAGCAGCGACGUAUGAAUGACAGGGGGUGUGGCUUUUAUGUGGCAUGAUCUUGAAGCCAAUGGACAUAUGGAUUUAUGGUAUAUAGUGACUGAGCCCUGCAGAGCUGAAACUCCUUACAAACAUACAAAAUCAUCUCAGACAUUUUUGUAGUUUGUGGAAAUAACAAAAAAGAAAAGCCUCCAGGAUUUUUGGAGCACCUUUAACAGCUCAUUAUUUUAAAAAGACUGCUCGCUGUGAAGCACACAUUUUACAGUUAUUGCAUAUUAGCUGCAUCUAAAUGUAUUGUUUUGAAAAUGUUUUCUCUUUUUUCUUAUUUAUCUUUGUAUUUAUUUUCACUUUCCUUGAGAGAAAAGUUGUAUAUUUGUAGUGAUCUUUUUCUUCAGUCAUUAAGAAUGGACAAAAAAAAAUUCCUACGAUGACCUUUUGGUGGUUAAAUACUUAGUUAAAUCAUUGCUGUUGAAGGAAUAUCCUUUAGAUAUUAAGAGAUUUGCAAAAUACAUGUGAUAGAUGAAAACCUUGCUUGAUGUUUAGCUUGAAGUUUCCUGGCAUUGAGAUAGCUUUAAAAUGGACUUGACUAUACAAAGAGGGAAAAAUCAAGUCAAAUCUUUGGUUUUCUAAUAACCAAACAUGAUCUGAUUGGUUUAGGAGCACUUCAUGCAAAAUAAAAUAUACUUGACUGCAGCCACGCACGACGAACAUGAUAACAUCUAACUUCAUGACGAGAGCAGGGUCAUCAACCGAACGAUUUACCUAACAGAGUUUAAACAAGUUCACCUCACCCAGGUGCAGGCUGUUUUUAUGGAUCUUAAUAGAAGCCUGUGUUUAAAACUAUGCAGUUAACUGUUGCACUGCACAACUACAGUAUCGGUGGAAAGUGUUUAAUAACCACCUGAUAAGGAGGCUUAACAUCUUUAUAUUCACACAAUAAAAUGACAGUGAGGAUCUUAAAAAAACUAA